CUGAGCUGCUGUUGUGCUACUUCCCGUCGUGGACUAUCAGGUCUGUUGCAGCAGACGCUGCGCAUGUCCGGUUCGGAACGCCGGUAGCGAGCCGGAAUAGGAGCGAGUGACGAGCAUCGAGAGCGCGGACCGCUCAAUAUCGGUUACACGGCCGGAAUUCAGAUUGCAGCUCUUCGCGCAGUGUAGGUUUUGCUCCAGCCACAAGCGGCCGCAUCAUGUUCUUGACGUUAGUAUCACUUUGAUUUCGCCCCCUCCCGUCUCGUAUAUACGUACCCUCCCUCCUCGGCCGCCCUCUCCAUUUCUUAGUCACUUUCGCUCCUCUCUCUCUGUUUAUCUUUCGCAUUCUUUUGAGUUUCGAAAAAUCUUGGCCAAAUCGCAUUCCAUCAGAGAGCAAUCGACAACUCGGAAGUUUUUGUGGAAUUCCAAUUGCGUUUGUGUCGGUCAUUUGCUCCGGCGGGUGCUCCGUCGUAGUUCGAGCGCUUGUGUCCUUUCCAUUCCGAUUCCAUUUGGGAUCGUUGAUCUAAAAAAAGAAAAAGAGAAGAAAAAAAAAAAAAGAUUGGGUUGCAUCGAUCCAUCUAGCAAACAGCGCGGAGCACCCAGCGAGAGAAAGAGAGAGAGAGAGAGAGAGAGAGGAAGACGAAAGGGACGUAGUAGGAGAGGGUGGGAGGGAUCGGGGGGAGGGAAUCGUGAAGCAGGAAGAAAAAGAAAUCGGGAGCCAAAAAGACGGGUAAAAUGGCCUCGCAAUUCUUCAGUCGGUUAAAUAUGGCCGUUCCACCAAUUGGGGCCACUUUGGGAGCAGCCUGGACGACAGUGCGCUCAGCCCUGCCCGACUCGUGCGUCAACAGCCAACAAGACGAGCAACUCCAUUUCGCCAAAUUCGGACGCAAGCCAAACGACACGGAAUUAUGUAAUUUGCAGAACAGCGGAGCAGGAGGCAGUUUGCAACGAGUCGAUUCGUUUGGAGACGACGAGAGUUGCGGUGGCGGUGAAUUCGGCAGUUCCCGGCACAAGAUUUCCGAAUGGCAAGCCGGAUGGAACGUUACCAAUGCCAUCCAGGGCAUGUUCAUCGUUUCGUUACCAUAUGCCGUCCUGCACGGCGGCUAUUGGGCCAUCACGGCCAUGAUCGGCGUCGCUUACAUCUGCUGUUACACAGGCAAAAUCUUAGUCGAUUGCCUGUACGUCACCAACGAGGAAGGCCAGUUGGUGCGAGUCCGCGACACUUACGUCUCCAUCGCCGAAGAAUGUUUCGGCCGUCGGGUCGGCGCACGGAUCGUCAAUACGGCCCAGCUGAUUGAGCUACUCAUGACCUGCAUUUUGUACGUGGUACUGUGCGGUGAUUUGAUGGUCGGUACCUUCCCGGAUGGCGCAAUCGACACGCGUUCAUGGAUGAUGAUUUGCGGGAUCCUCUUGCUGCCGUGCUCCUUUCUCAAGAAUUUGCAUCACGUCUCGACGCUCAGCUUUUGGUGCACGAUGGCUCACGUAGUCAUCAACGUCAUGAUCAUGGGUUAUUGCCUUCUACAGGCGGCAACCUGGGGUUGGUCACAGGUGCCGCUCAGCAUCAACAUCUUGACGUUCCCCAUUUCAUUGGGCAUCAUCGUCUUUAGCUACACAUCGCAAAUCUUCCUACCGGCUCUCGAGGGCAAUAUGAGCGACCCGUCAAAGUUCCACUGCAUGCUCAACUGGAGUCACGUAGCAGCAGCCAUCUUUAAAUCGCUCUUCGGCUACGUUGGCUUUCUCACCUGGCAGGCGAACACCAAGGACGUCAUCACCAACAAUCUUCCCACGCAAGGUUUCAAGGGCGUCGUCAACUUCAUUCUUGUUAUCAAGGCGUUGCUGUCAUACCCUUUGCCUUAUUACGCCGCACUGAAUCUGCUGGAGAGAGCCUUCUUCAAAGGGCGACCAGAAACCACUUUUCCAAGCAUGUGGACCGUCGAUGGUGACCUAAAAGUGUGGGGCCUUGCCUUGCGCGUGGCUCUAGUUGUUUUCACGACCGUCAUGGCUAUCUCGAUCCCACAUUUUGCCUUCUUGAUGGGUUUUAUCGGCAGCUUUACAGGCACGAUGCUCUCCUUCAUCUGGCCGUGUUACUUCCAUCUCAAACUGAAAGGCCCCACUCUAGAUUGGGGCACUGUCGCCUACGAUUGCUUCGUCAUCUUCCUCGGCGUCCUGUUUGGCGUCAUCGGCAUUUAUUAUUCGUUCAGAGCUCUGGUCGAGGCUUUCCAAAUCGGCUUACCUUUUUAAACGACAUCUUCGCUGAAGUGCUGAGUGUUCAAUUCAUCAUAUCCAAUGUCUUCCAAACAAAAAAAAAACAAACAAAAAAAGUGUGAAACCCAGGUCUUCCAAAAAUUCUCUCAAAACGAGGAUAAUGUGUUCUAGUCGUAGCGUUUCCUAUAGUCAUGAAUAGUUUCCCUUCCAUUGGUUUUGAAAAUACGUGUCACAUUGAUGUUUAUAUUUCUCUCUCUCUCUCUUUUUUUGCAACUGAAAAAAAAAAGAUAUCGUAACCAAGUCUUCCAAACUCAAAGUUACACAAAUACCUGCAAAUGUUUCCAACGACCAGACGUUGGUAAGCCGUGCACGGCUAAAUGUUACCCAGGGCUUCCUCCCAUUGAUUGUUUUGUUUUUUUUUUUUACUUUUUCCUCGUAUGUCCAUUGACCGAAAUAUUUGAUUCGGUCCCGUUUGUCAGUUCCAACUAAAUAAUAUGUGUGAUACGGUCAGCGAGAUUUUUUUCUCAACUCCGCUUCACGUGUUUCAUCCCAUUGGCACACAACAAAAAAAAAAAAAAAAAGUUUCGUUUGAUAGUUGAGAAAAAAAAGCAAAGAUUCCGGCAUUUCAAUUAGUAAGUCCCGCCAGAAAUAAUUAAACCAAAAAAAAAAAAAAACGAGAAAAAUUCUACGUCUUCCAGACAAUGUCGCAUCUCUCAUCCUCAUACUUUUUGGCUGUUUGCCGCCAGUUAAUUAGAUACAUCCCAGUCGGUUACAAAAAAAAAACAAAAAAACUGCGCGGCAAACGUAAAUUUUGCAUAUCAAGGAGGAAAUAAGUAAACACUUUUCCAAAUGUCUUCCAAUUCGUGCGCUUUGAAAAAGUUUCGUUCCUGUUUUACUGCCCUAACCCUCUCUAUUUGCAUCAUCAUUUUACCAUAUCAAUCGGCUGUCUUCCAGACUUGUACAACAACCGAGUGUGUGGAAUCGCUAACAAGUUGUGUAGUUGUUUGUUUGUCAUCGACGUCAAAAUAUACACGUUAGUUUGAA